UUUGAUCAUAUAUCACCUCUUCCCAACUCGGAGCGCCAUGUUAAUUAAGCUAUACCACUUAACGGCCACAAGGGAGCGCUAAAGCACAUCGCAACAGAAAGCCUCCCAUCUGCACUGUGAAGCAAUUUGUGUUGGAGAUGCUGGGUCUGUCUUACUUGUGCGCAGCACGUUUGUUACCAAGAAAAAAAAUCCAUGAAGCAUGAUGGCUCAUAAUGGCUGCCAAAGGUUCGCCGUGUUUCUCCUCUCCCUGGGUGUGUUGUGCGUUGAUAGUGGUGAUGAACAGCCACGCGUACUGAAUACAGAUGACUCCCAUCCCCAGUACGCACACAGUUUAGUCGGACUGGAGCAUGUGGUGUUGGUGAUACAGAGCCAGAAGAAUGCCUACCACAGCCGGCGUGCGAACCAGAGGAAAGAGCAGAUUCUCCAGCAAGCCACCCAGUUAGGACAGGGGGCUCCCGUGGUCCUUCUGCUCCACGAGCUCUCCCAGAACGACGGGGACUGGAGCGUUCUCCCGGCACUGCCUCACCUCUCAGUGUCCUUCAGCCAAUCAGCAGCCUGGUUUCUGUUUGUGGAGGAGGAGACCAGAAUCACGCUGACGUCUCUGCUGCACGUCCUCAACAGACACGACGCCCGAAAGGAAUGGUUCCUGGGCAAGCGUCUCCACGACAACAAGGCCACCAUCAUCCACCACUACGCCUUCUCCGAGGACCCCCCGUCCUUCGGCUACCCCGACCCUGCGGCCGGCUGGGUGCUGAGCACCCCGCUGCUCCACAGACUUGCCGAAAGGAUUCAAUAUUCCCCUCUGAAGUCUGACUUUACUAUAGACCUGAAACAUGAGAUCGCGCUGUACAUCUGGGACGAGGGGCGGGGGCCGGAGCUCCAGGACGUCCCAGAGUUCUGUUCCAGACCCGGGGCCCACUGUGCCACGGCCAUCACGGCCCCCCUCCCAGACUGCGGUGAUCCCGUGAAGAAAGAAGACGUUUUUGUUGCCGUGAAAACUUGUGAAAAGUUCCACUCCGACCGAGUGCCCGUCGUCAAGGCGACGUGGGAGAAGGAUGCAGCGUUUCUGGAGUACUACAGUGAUGUCACCGAUCCCUCCAUACCCACAAUGCACCUGGGCGUGCCCAACACUGAGAGAGGUGAGGGCGUUCAUCAACGUAAAGAGUUAUGAGAUGUCUCUCACAUGCACUGACUGACAGUAUCACC